GUUAAGGUACUGUACCUUACAGUAAGAAUUUCGAGAUUCCAGUCGUUCGCGAUACCUUACUAUAUGUAACCACGGCAUUUCACAACUUCCGGACGUUCUUUCGCAGCCUAUUCUUGCUAAUUGCGACAAUUGAACCCGAAGCGCAGUGCCCAUUCACGACAAGAGACAUGGCCAGUGCCGACGGAAGCUUCAGGCAAUCUUCCGCGACUGGCAAACACAAGCUAGAUCCGAUCAAGGAUCCGAACGAGAUCUAUAAAUCGGCCAAACACAAUAUCGGUGGUGCGAAUCGGCACAUACAAACACAGCCAGCGGACGAGACCGACCAUGGACAAGAACACGAUCCCAUGAGUGGCGGCGACGAAGAUUUUGGCCCAGAGAUGCCCCCGGACGAUGACGAGGAUCGGUUCUUCGGCGGAGGCCUUAGCAAAGAAGAAUCCCAAAUUAUCGACUUCGUGGACGACGCAGAUGACGGGAGGAAUGUCGACAAGAUCGACGCUGGCUGGCUACGAAAAACGGCCCUCAAUUUUGAGAGACGCAUCUCUAAAAACGCCGAGCUAAGAUCCAAAUUCGAAAGCGACCCACAGAAGUUCAUAGGAAGCGAAGCCGACUUGGAUGGCGACAUUAAGUCUCUCUCAGUCUUAGCCGAGCAUCCAGAGCUCUAUCCCGAGUUUGUCCGCCUCGGAUGUGUUCAUAGUUUGAUCGGCUUGUUGGCUCAUGAGAACACCGACAUCGCAAUCGACACAAUAGAAAUAAUCAGCGAGCUUACGGACGAAGACGUUGGGGGGGACGAGGGCGAGGUGGUCAUGCUGCUCAACGCAAUGUUGGAGGCGGAUUUACUAGCCCUCCUUGUGUCCAACCUGGGCCGCUUGAACGAGGACGACGAGUCAGAUAGAAGCGGUGUCUAUCAUGCCCUGAGUGUGAUCGAAAACAUCUCUCUACGGGUGGCCACGGCUACGCGCGUCAGUCAAAACCCGAGCAUGUUGGAUUGGCUACUUCAACGCUUGCAACGCACCGAGUCAAGCGUCACCCAGAACCGACAAUACGUAGCCGAGAUCCUCGCCAUUCUGUCGCAAGCAUCUGCGGAUUGUCGAGCCCAUUUGAUCAAGCUUGACGUCGUGGACGUUCUUCUCCAACUCGUUGCAGUCUAUCGGAGACGAGAUCCCGAGAAAGGCGGCGAAGAGGAAGAAUAUGUGGAGAACCUGUUCGAGGCUGUGACGUGCUUAGUCGACGAAGCCGAGGGCAAAGACAAAUUUGUUGAGGCAGAGGGCGUUGAGUUAUGUUUGCUCAUGCUUAAGGAGGGAAAGAUGAGCAAAGCGCCAGCCCUGCGCCUCCUGGAGCAUGCAUCAACGGGCAGCAGUGCUUUCAAUGUCUGCUGCAAGAUCGUCGAAUCAGGUGGUCUCAAACCGACAUUCUCACUCUUCGCAAAGACUCGUGACCAUCGCCUGUCUAGCCAUCUCGUCGUCAUAUUUGCGUCCAUGCUUCGCGUGUUGCCCGGCGACUCCGCGGAACGAAUACGUACGUUGGCCAAAUUCGUGGAGAAGGACUACGCCAAGGUUGGGAAACUCAUGGAGCUUCGUCGUCAUUAUGGCCUGCGCGUGAAACUGGCUGAGCAGCAGAAUGCUGAGGAGCGCAAGCUAGCCUCUGAACAAGACGCACCUGAUAGGGAGAUCGACUGGCUUUCCCGGCGUCUCGAUGCCGGUCUCUUCACCUUACAAACUAUUGAUGUUGUUUUGGCAUGGCUUAUGGUCGAAGACAAAGGCGCUAGGCCUAGGAUUGCAGAGCUUCUGGCCCAAGAAGACCUGCCGUUGUCUGUGAUUAAAGCCACACUCACUGAGCAGAUGGAGAAUUUAGACACGAGCCAACAGGAUGGUCAGGAUUUGAAGGAUAUGUUAGGGACUCUGGUCGGCUUCCUACGGUAAGGAAUCUAUCUUGUUGCAGUAGUGCCAUUCGACUGCGGCACCUGUAUUUGUCGUGGCAUUUGUAAUUGUCGGCAUGGUUUGGUUACACAUUGUUGCACGAUCCACCACCCACUAUGCGCGCAUAGCAGGCUGUGGCUUGGCUUCAAGGACAGCAGCCAAGAGGUUCUUGACAACACCUGCCUGGCUCUUCUUGCCAGCUUCCUUAAUACCUUGAAUCUGCUUCUCGGCCUCCUUGUUCGCCUCGUCUUCGGCUUGUUGGUUUCCUUGGCUAUGCUGCAAAUAAUGAGCAACUGUUCCGCGAUAAAGACUUUUGAGAAACGUACUUCAGCUUCGAACUUCUUAAACUCCUCCUCUUUCUGGGACUUGUAGUUGGCUAUUUCCUUCUUGGCUUCAUCUCGGGCUUCCUUGACGCGCUUUGUCCUGACUAUAGGCAGUAGUCGUUAAUCGAUGGUUCGCGGCCUAUUCAUGAUUCUUUCUUACACUCGCGCGC